GGAUCUCAACUUUCCCGGCGCAGUGAAAAUACUCUAACUUUGUGUUUGAUCGAAUAACCUGCCUUUAAGAGAAUGUCUUCCAAGAUGUGGCAGACCAGACUAUUUUCCGUGAUCGUGUCUUGUUCUGCCAUGCUGUACCUGACAACGGCAGACUAUGGCAUUACAGUGCUCCACACUAACGACGUUCACGCAAGGAUUGAAGAAAGCGACAAGAACGGAGCCCCCUGCACGGAUGCUUUGAGAUCCGCCGGUAAAUGUUUUGGUGGGGUAGCCAGGAUACGUACCAUGGUGAACCGGAAGAGGGCGGAGCACCAAAACACUAUCCUGCUUGACGCCGGCGACCAGUUCCAGGGCACUCUCUGGUUCUAUCAGUUUGGUGGCCUGGUCAGUGCCGAAUUCAUGAACCUUAUUGGCUACAACGCUAUGGCUGUUGGAAAUCACGAGUUUGACAAAGGAGUUACCGGCCUAGCACCGUUUGUCAAAAAUUUAAACUUCCCCCUCCUGUCCAGCAACAUGCAGCUCGAGAACACGCCAGAGUUACGGGACCUGAUCAAGAGGUCGACUGUGGUGACUGUUGGAGGGGAGAGAAUCGGCGUCAUUGGUUACACAACACACGAGACAGCCUUUUUGUCAGAUCCAGGCACGGUAUCCUUUAUUGACGAGGCGAAGGGCAUCCAGGCGGAAGUUGACCGAUUGGUCGGUCAAGGGGUCAACAAGAUAAUUGCUGUCGGUCAUUCUGGUUACUCGUACGACGUGGACCUGGCUCGUCACUUGACCAAUGUGGACGUCGUUGUGGGCGGCCACACGAACUCAUUCCUCUUUAACGGAACUAGCCCAUCAAGCGAACACAUCGAGGGCAACUACCCUACCGUCGUAAGCUCACCCAGCGGGGAUACAGUCCUCGUCGUUCAGGACUACGCCUUUGGUAAAUACCUGGGUGAGCUGAACGUCGUAUUUGAUGACGCUGGGAAGGUCAAGUCGUGGACUGGGAACCCAGUUCUGCUGGACAAGAGCGUGGAGCAAGAGAAAGAAGCGGCCUCUAUAGUUGCUAAGUACCUGCCACAAAUCGACGCACUGAAGCAGUCGGAGAUCGGGGAGACCUAUGUCAGUUUAAUGGCUGAUAGAGUUCUCUGUAGGACUAGAGAGUGUAAUCUAGGUAAUUUAAUCACUGAUGCCAUUGUCUAUUACAAUCUACGGCCUACAAACACAUCGUGGUCUGAAGUUGGGAUGGCCAUUGUCAACGCUGGAAGCUUCAGGGCGUCUAUAGCCAUUGGAAAGAUAUCCACAGAGAACAUAAUAUUUCUUCAGCCUUUCCGAAACGAGGUCGACAUGAUCCAGGUGACUGGUCGAACAAUUCUGGACAUCUUUGAGUACUGCGCGAGCAAAUGGACGGACAAACUGGACGACGCUUUCGGUGGUUUCCUGCAAGUAUCAGGCAUGCAGGUGACGUACAAUCUGGUCAAGCCUGUUGGUCAGCGUGUACACGAGGUACUGGUUGUGUGUACUGAGUGUGCCGUACCAAGACUGGAACCGCUAGUUCUAGACCGGAAGUACAACAUUCUCUCCAGCGCGUAUCUCAUCAAUGGAGGAGACGGUUUCAGCAUGAUACCUCAGGGCAUCAUCAAUAGGUUGCCGUUAGGUCAACUUGACACUGAUAUUCUGUUAGCCUACGUUAAGAAGUUCAGCCCUAUAACGACCGGUCUUGAAGGAAGAAUCCGCCAUCUUGCUGAAGUUGUUGAUGCUAAAUACUGCCCAGGGCAAUAAUCCAUAUCUAAACGAUGACAAAAAGUUUAAGAAA